AUGGCAUACGCUAUGCUACCCCCAACAGGUCAGAUGCCGCCCCCAACACCAGGAGCACUUGGAGGUAACCCCGUUCAAGGAACGCCACCGCAAGGUUUUGCUCACAUGUAUCAACCGUGGCCUGGGACUCCGGGGUAUUAUGUCAUGGCGCCAACCCCCCAAGUGAUGGUAACCCCUCAAAUUCCUGUUGUAGAACAACAGCAACCGGUAGCUCAACCUUCCCAAAGGCAAUCACAUCCGCAAUCCCGAGAGCGUGACCCAGAGGAGAUUCAAUCAGCAGAUCGGUCAAGGAGACCCGACCGGGAAGAAUGUCGAGAUCAUAGUCAACCUGACGCUGCUAAACGUAGGAGUGCCUUUGAUCGCAUUCGGAAGAGUGCUAGAUCUCGAUUGGGGGCUCCGGAUGACCAUGACUGA